GCUGGGCAAGUCCGCUUCGUUGGCAAGGAGCUCGGCUGGAGCUAGGAGCGGCGCACCGCAAGCGGGAGAGGCCGUUAAGGGUCAUAGUUGGACGGUUGGAUAGAAAAGAAGAAGAAAAAAAGACAAACCAGCAUGUGAAUUCAGCCUUCUCUCUCCAGGCAACAGUGAUAGGCAUGUAGGUCUGAUCCAGGCAAAGUGGGUUUCCUAUGAGCUGUGAGAAGGCUUCUGGGCUGUUUUGAACGUGCGUAUUGAUCAAGUGGAAGGAAUGGCCCAGGUUCUGCAUAUGGGGACUGCUUUCCCAGGAAAGGUCAAUACAGCCUCUACUACAAUCUUCCAUGGGAAGGAGCAAGACUUAACUUACUCGGUGGAGACUCCUUAUGGCUACCGUCUUGAUCUGGACUUUCUCAAAUAUGUGGAUGACAUUGAGAAAGGCCACACUAUUAAGCGCAUUCCAGUUCAUCGCCGACCACGCUACAGCUCAUUGCCCCGGGGCUAUGGCUACACUGGUUCCUGGUGGACAUCAACAGAGUCCCUCUGUUCCAAUGCCAGUAUGGACAGUCGCCAUUCCUCCUAUUCUUAUUGUGGCCGUAGCUUCUACCCACAAUACACUAAUGCAAUUCACAGCAGUUUCAAUGCCCGUGUGGAGAAAACUUUGCUGGAUGCUAGAAAGAAGUUAGAAGACCAGGCAGACCUAGAAACCCCCACAGCAAGUAGCCUAGGAAGUCUCCACAGCAGUGUAUCUGGAUCAACAAAUUCUUUGGUUGGAAGCCAGAGUAUUUCCCAUCAAACUUCUUACAAUGGCUCACAGCAAGGUGCUUCUGGACAAUUCACACCAAUUGGUUCUGGGUUGUCCACUCCAGUCUCACCAACUCCAGGACAUCUUCAAUAUGUUCGUGAGCAGAUGGCUGUGGCUUUGAAGAAGUUGCGCCAAUUGGAAGAACAGGUCAAGAUGAUCCCAGUCCUUCAGGUGAAGAUCUCAGUGUUACAGGAAGAAAAAAGGCAGCUAAGUGUUCAGCUUAAAAGCCAGAAAUUUUUGGGGCACCCAGGAGGAUUUGGCAAGGGAAAAUCACGAGGGGAGCUCUACAUAGACAUCCCUGAAGAAGGGGCAGGUGGAAAUACAGAGGACAGCAGUACCAGACCUGACAUGAAGGGUAGAUUGGAUAAGAAGGAAGUGAGGUCAGUGGGUGUGGGAAGGACAGUUGAAGAUGGAGAAGUGAAUGUGGACAUGGCAAGAUGUGACAUAGGGGUAGCAGUCAAGGAGGAGGAGUUGGGGUUACCUUCCCCAGAAGUGGAACAACAAUGCCAAGCUAUUCAGACCCUAUCCACCAAAAUUGCUAUGUUAGAAACACAACUGAAGAGAGCACUUCAAGAUCUCCAAGCUGCCCAUCAGAAACUGGAGCAUCAGGGCAGGGAGAAGAAAGACAAAGAAACUUCGACAAGAGAUGAGGCCCUAAUAGAAUGGGAAGCAAGAGGAAAAGAUGUUCAGCAAUGGGAUGCCUCCAUUCGGGUUGAUGCAGUCAAAGUUGUCCAAGUGGAAAGGGAGCCAGAGAUUGCAGCCAGCAUAGCUACCGGUCCUCAGAGGGCACAGGUCCUGGAGAGCAAGGAGCCCUGUGCCAGCCUCAGGCUUUCAGCAGGCAAAGAUUCAGUCUCUGAGAAAGUUCAGGUGCCAUUUUGUGCCACAUACCACAGCAGUGAGGUGAUGGAAACCACUUUCCCAAUUCAUGCUGGAGCAGCAAACACAGCCACCACCUUUCACUCUGUGAAAAAGAUCAGCAUUGUCAACACAGAAGAGGAUGGGGAUGGAAAGAAAGAAAGAGAGCCCAAAGAAUCACUAGAGAAAACUGAAGAUUCCCUUCUUGACUCCCUCCAAGUGGUUCCUUGCCUCUCUCAAGAACCUAAACUGGAUAUUCAGAAGGAGGAUCAAGCUUCAUCUACUGCAGGGAUCCGGUCAAUUAUGAAGAAGAAGGAAGAACCUACAGAAAUAGUGACUAGCAAGAAGAGCCUCCAGUUUGUGGGUGUCAAUGGAGGGUAUGAGUCUACCUCUUCUGAGGACUCCAGCACAGCUGAGAACAUCUCAGACAAUGAAAGCACUGAGAGUGAAUACCAUGAGGCAAGUGAGGGCCUCCCUGCUGGGCAAGGAAUUGUAGCUGAAGCUCCAAAGCUUUCUGGAAUAACCACAGAUACAUUACAUCCUGGAGUACCUGUCGAGGUGGGGAAAAUGACCACAGCAGAAGGUCCCAGCAAGGAACCAGCAGACAAAACUGGGUUGGGUCUCAGCAAGGAGUUGCUUUCAGCUUGUGCAGUUCUUCAGAAAUACUUAGAGAGUUCGAAUCCACAAAUGGAUGAAGAGACGAAAUUAGCCUAUACCUCAAUGCUCCACUAUUGGCUCAAGCUUUCCUGCCACAAAGAAGCCGAUCCAGAUUUGAUCUCGCUGCACUUGACAGAUUUCCGGGCUGUUUCCCCGCAGUUGCUAGAAUUCAUCAUCAAUAUGGCGGAUGCCAAUGGCAACACAGCCCUGCAUUAUACAGUCUCGCAUUCCAACUUCCCCCUUGUUGCAAAACUAAUUGAAACUGGUUUGUGUCAUGUGGACCAACAGAACAAAGCUGGCUAUACAGCCAUCAUGCUCACAGCACUGGCUGCCUCUCAGACAGAGAGUGACAUGGAGACUAUUAAGCAGCUGCUGAAAAAGGGCAAUGUGAAUGCCAAAGCCAACCAGGCUGGGCAGACUGCAUUGAUGUUAGCUGUCAGUCAUGGGCGUCUUGAGAUGGUACGUGCCUUGUUAGCAAGUGCCGCAGAUGUCAACUUGCAAGAUGAUGAUGGCUCUACUGCACUGAUGUGUGCCUGUGAACAUGGCCAUGCUGAGAUUGUCCGCCUGCUAUUGGCUACCCCUGAGUGUGAUGUUGCCCAGUCAGACAAUGAUGGCAGCACAGCUCUCUCCAUCGCACUAGAAGCAGGUCAGAAUGACAUUGCUAUCAUGCUGUAUGCUCGCUUGAACUUUGCCAAAGCUAUAUCACUGAAUACCUUGGAGCAGUUGAAGCCUGAAAAUGCUGAUACAAUAUUCAGUGAUACUCUGUAACCCAAAGUAAGCUUCCUGUCCUUAGCUUCUCUCACUGCCUUCAUCAGCUGAAAUCUCACCAUCUACUCUGCUCAGAGGGAAGAGAAGUGGACCUUCCAGGAUAACGGACUUUGUGAGCGUCAUUUCAACAAUGUGGCCAUGUAUUCAGCUAUGCUUGAUGAGAUGCAGUUAUGUCAAAUAGUGAGCCAAAGGGAAGAUUGGAAGUUUAAGGUCUCUGGAUGUUGCUAUGGCUUUUCUGCUUCAUCAAAACUAAUGUGUCUUAUCUUUUUUAUCUCAAUUAUUCAAGAAGCAAGAGACAUUGCAGGGCAUAAAAGGAGGCCAAAAGGAACAAUUGCAGUUCCCCUCCCCAAACAUUCAAAAAUAGUUUGACUGAGAUACACAGGCAUUGGCCUCACUGCUAAAUUCAAACUUCUCCAUACUUCCUUCUAAUUAUCAAUAAGAAGAUGCAAAAACUAUUUAAUCAGCGCCCACAUCUUCAUGUUUUUACUUCUUCUGUGCAUUCCUCAGGUGAUUUCCCCCCCAAAAUGACAGUUUGCUGUGAGGGGAACUGCAAAGCCUUGAAAGACCUGUGAAAUUUAGUUUCUGAGCACAAUGUGAUGGCAGGUAAAUAGUGAGAGAUGUUCUUUGAUUCAGAGAGAAAAAUCAUCAUGUCCAUCAGAAAGCGUCGGUGCUCCAAAAGGGAAAAAUCAGCAUUACAGCAGCCGAGAUUAACCAAAGCUGAGUAGGAAAUAAAUCCAAAUUGAGGCACCAAUAAAAAGUUGCCAAGAACUUGAUUAGUUUGUUGUUUCCAUUCCGUUGUUGUAGAGGGACCCAGCAGACUUCAGAUCUAUGUCUCUAUAUGAACUUCCUUUGCUUCUCUUCAUCUAGGAAUCUGAAGUGUGCAGCAGCGGCCAAAACAGUCAAUGCAAUCCUAGGCUGCAUUAAUAGAGGGAUAGAAUAAAGAUCUCAUGAAGUUCUAGUACCACUUUACAGUCUUAAUAAAACCAUACUUGGAGUACUGCAUCCAAUUCUGAUCACCACAAUAUAAAUAAGAGACUAUGGAAGAAGUGCAGAGA